AUGAACGCGCCUCUGGUGUUUGAUCCAGACUUCACAACUCCCGAGGACGCGCCGAUAUUCCAAGCCUCGGAUGACGUCUGUUUCCGUUUUCCGUGGGAACCGCUGGUCGCCAUAUCCUCGUUCUUUCGCAAUCUCCAGUCUCUUCCUCUGCCCCCAGGUGACCAGGACGCUGUGAUCCCCCUUCCUUCAGCAACCUCAAAGGCACUCAAGACCAUAUUCCUUGUGGCCGAUUCGCUCGCAAGCGGAGCCCUCCUGUCAGUUCCUUCGACCUACCGAUCCAAACACAUUCCGGAAGUCAUUGCUGUUGCGGACGUGUACGACUUGGAAGCCAUUUUUGAACCACUCUUCAAGGCGUAUUUCACCCGAAAGAGCUAUUAUGUGGCCCUCCUCCUGGCUCUUAUCUUACAAGACACUGCCAAGGCGGAUGCCACCGCAAUAAAGCUUUUGGACAAGUACCAGAAUGAAGGUCAUGGAGACUAUGGAUUGCCUUCAUGGGUCGACUCUUUCCUGUCCACCACAGCUCCCCUCGCCCAUUCCAAGCUCCUUACACUAUUCGAGUUCUUCGAUGACAAAAUGGACGUUGGCCGCUUUCAGGACCAAGUCGAGCUGAAGUCACGCAACGAAUACCCCGGAUUUCUCCCCACAUAG